CCGCCCUGCGCCGAGAGAGAGACUGCUCCUAAAAUCACUUCUCUCCAUUUUUUUUUCUCUUUCUAAAAGUCCCACAUCCUCUUUCACCAUUACACCCCACCGAGGCUCCGCGGGAUUUCCGUCGUCCCUCGGUCUCCGCACCGCGCGGGGGAAGUGGUCGGUGGUGGUCGCGGUCACCGCCGUCGUGAUGGUUCUCCUGACUUUGGCCGUCGCGGUGCCGCUGCUCCUCCUGCGCCCGUCGGAGACCUCCGCCCGCUACUACGAGAUGAUGGGCACCUGUCGGAUGGUGUGCGACCCGUACACCGCCAAACCACCGGGAGCCAACGGGGAGGAGACCCAGACUGUCAACGGCAUCGCGCCGCUGCCACCCAUGGCGCAAGGGAGCCGCGGGGAACCGGGGCGCCCGGGCAAACCGGGAGCCAGGGGCCCGCCGGGCGAGCCGGGACCGCCGGGGCCGAGAGGACCACCGGGGGAGCGCGGCGGAAGCAAGCUCGCCUUCCCGGCUUUGACGCCAACGGACGGCGCGAACUCAAGCACCGGAAGCAGAGUGGCGUUUUACGUCGGCUUGAAGAACCCACAUGAGGGAUACGAGGUGUUAAAGUUCGACGACGUCAUUACAAACUUGGGGAACCUCUACGAUCCGAGCACCGGGAAGUUCACCUGCCGCCUCUCCGGGAUCUACUUCUUCACUUACCACGUGUUGAUGCGCGGGGGAGACGGGACCAGCAUGUGGGCCGACCUGUGCAAAAACGGGCAGGUGCGAGCCAGCGCCAUAGCUCAGGACGCCGACCAGAACUACGACUACGCCAGCAACAGCGCCGUGCUGCACUUGGACUCGGGCGACGAGGUGUACGUGAAACUGGACGGCGGAAAAGCUCACGGCGGCAACAACAACAAGUACAGCACCUUCUCCGGCUUCGUCUUGUACCCCGACUAGUCGUCGUCGCCGGCACACAACUUUGGAACUCUUCCCACGCGACCGUUUUGCUUCUAAUGUCUUGUUGUGUCCCUCGAAGCACGGGCUGCUCGCGUUUAAGUCAACCGAUGGACAGCUUCCUCACGAGCCAGGUAAAUACCAUAUCGUUCUUAAAGGCUGGGACGGAUUACCGGCGCGUGAUAUUCCCAACAUCAGUCGGAUGAGCUUAUGAGAUCUGGCUGUUAAGACCUGGUCAUAAGCAGCAGCUUUUCAAAGAACGGAUAUAUCAAGUCUUGAUAUUCUGAUAUGAAGCCUGCUAUAUAAAUAUACAUUGGUCUAUUAAGCAAAAGCCUUCAGGAAUGACAAAUCCUACCAAUCCUCUCAAACUAUACACAUCCUGGCUAUUCCCCUGCACAUUUCAACCAAUUAUUGUCAUUUUCCCUCAUGAAAUCCAAUCCAUCCAUCUUCUUCCGCUUAUCCGAGGUCGGGUCAGGGGGGCAGCAGCCUAAGCAUUUAAGCCCUGACUUCCCUCUACUCAGCUACUUCGUCCAGCUCUUCCCAGGGAAUCCUGAGGCCUUCCCAGGCCAGCCGGGAGACAUAGUCUCCCCAACGUGUCCUGGGUCUGAAAGAGCCAUAUUGGACCAAAAAACUAAUCUGUCUGGAGCCGCAAAAAAUGGAAAAAUAAGUGUUAUAAUGAAGACAACUCAUGGCGUAAGUUUUUAUAUUAGCUAUAAUAGCCUACUAUCAAAAUAACUGUGUCGCAGGCUGGAUCAAAUAUUUGUUGACAGAAGUAUUGAAAUUGAAUAUUUAUUCUACAUACUUAUACAACAUUAGAAACCAUUAGUAAAUCAGAGGCUACUCAGAAGGUGAGAUAACUCUUGGAAAUGACUGGCUUUUAAUAGCCAAAGGUAUAGAUGUGUGUGUCCACGUUAAAGGAAACAAGCUGGCUUCUUCUAAUGGAUUUAUUACAACUUUGGAUAAUGUUUGCUGUGGUCUGGAACAACAUGGCAAACAAAGAACUUUCAGAAAUGCAGCCAAUAUUACAUACAAAUAAUGUGUCAUGACACGUGCAAAACUAGAUUAUAUACAAAGAGGAUGAAAGUAAAUGAGCUCAUAUAUACCUACAAAUGAGGCAUAAUGAUGCAAUAUGUACAUACAGCUAGCCUAAAUAGCAUGUUAGCAUUGAUUAGCUUACAGUCACGCAUUGACUAAAUAUGCCUGAUUAGCACUCCAACAAGUCAAUAACAUCAACAAAGCGCACCUUUGUGCAUUCGCGCACAGCAUAAAACUUUUGGUGGACAAAAUGAGACAAAAAAGGAGUGGAAGUUUUUACAUAUAAUCAAACUGUUGCGUCACACAGUCCACACUAUGGUGAGUUCAAGAACCGCCGAAAUUAGUAGGACGAAUACUCCCAUCAGUGAAGCAUACACACAAACAUAUUAAACAGUGGGCUUUCUUACAAUUGGAAAAGGUUUGUCCUCAAACAAAAAGAUACUAAAACAAAAAAAUAUAUAUUUUCGAUCCUUCUUUUGCCAUUUUCAAUCCUUUUUUAAAAAUGCGGGUUGCUGAUCCCCAAUCUUAUGAUACGCUAAAUAAUUACUUGCUUAAAGUACAGUGUUUUAUUUUCCUGUGUUCAAACAGUGUUAUUGUUCAACCUUGGUGAAAUGUGGGCAAAAAUACUGUAUAAUAUAUAUAUAUAUAUACACACACACACUCACACACUGAAUACACCUGGUAAACAAAACCUCUGCCUUGCUUUUAGUAAAUACUUUGGCCUACUACGCUACUGUAUUUGAAUGCAUUCACGCACAGCAUACAACUUUUGGUGGACAAAAUGAGACAAAAAAGGAGUGGAAGUUUUUACAUACAAACAAAAUGUUGCGUCACACAGUCCACACUGUGGUGAGUUCAAGAACCGCCGAAAUUAGUAGGACAAAUACUCUCAUCAGUGAAGCAUACACACAAACAUAUUAAACAGUGGGCUUUCUUACAAUUGGAAAAGGUUUGUCCUCAAACAAAAACAUACUAAAACAAAAAAAUAUAUAUUUUCGACCCUUCUUUUUCAAUCCUUUUUAAAAAAUGCGGGUUGCUGAUCCCCAAUCUUAUGAUACGCUAAAUAAUUACUUGCUUAAAGUACAGUGUUUUAUUUUCCUGUGUUCAAACAGUGUUAUUGUUCAACCUGGGUGAAA